GCAAGCGGAUUUCAAAAAUAAACAGGGAACUGGUCAUACAUUCUUCGCGUCAUUGCCUAUCGUGAUGAAGAGAUGUUACUGUCCGCCACUCACCGUGUCAGGAACCACUUUCCUUUGAAAGCGUAAUAAGUUUUUUUAUAUGUGUCUUAAAGUGAAAUAUAUUACUUUUAAGAUAAAAUUAUUUCUCAGGAUUGGAUGUUGGUAUCGGACAUUAAUGGCGAUCAAUCUAUUGGUACCAGGCUGCGUUUGCUGCAACUUCUGCAUGCUAAUUAAUAUUAUUGGAAAAUUUUAUUGUGUGAGAGACGAGGUUUUAUGGACUGAUUAAUCAACCAUACAAGUUUUCCACAUGCGCUACAUGGGAUAUACGUGCUUUAUUUAGAUCAUGAAAUUGUAUUCAGGUCUUACAACAUUAUCAGUAUUUGAAUGAAAACAUGCUGAUGCUGUCACAAUGAAGCAGCGUGUAUUGCACAUUUCGUGUUCCCAAUUUGACAGGAAUAAUACAUUAGUUACAAAUAAAACGACAUCAUUUCCACUUUUGUUGACUAUUUUACGAGGCUGCCUUUAUAGAAAUAGUUCAUCACUUCAGCUGUUUGUUGACUUAGUUGAGACUGACAAGGAACCUGAAAUAAACAAAGAUUUCGGUGCUCUCAUGUAUAUUGUCACAGUUCUUCUAUUAUAUUCAUGUGGAAUAUUUUUCAUGAUAAUGAAAAAUUUGAAAAGAGAAAAGCAUGAGGUGGAUGAGGAGAGGACGCUUGAUGACUUCUUUCGAGGAAUACCUGUCAGUGAAAAGGAGCGUGAACAAAUAAAUGUACACCGUAUUGCUAUACAAGCUUUCAAUACAUUAACAUCCAGUAAAUCACAGGAAAUAAGUGGAAUAGAUGAGUUUGAUUAUUAUCACCAAAAUAAAUCUUACAAUGCUAACGUUCAAUCUUAUGGUGUAGAUACAAUUGAAGAAGAUGAAGAUGAGGAAUAUGAAAGUAAUGAUUUCAUGUAUGAAGAUAAUGACAUCGACAGUGAUAAAGAAAGUGACGCGGAAACAUCUGAUAACAUAGAAUAAACAUAUUAUGUCUACACUGUAAAUGUAUAAACAAGUGCAAUGGAAGAACAUCAACACAGACUUUGUUUAACACUACAUAAUUUCUAGUAUAUUUUCUAAUUGAAAUACAGCAUGGUAUCUGCUGAUACUACGAUAUAAUAGGUAUUAAGCAUAACCUUCGUGUGAGUAUUAUUCCAUAGGAUAUGAUAAAAAGAUAAAAAGUUAUGAAUAAACUUCUUGGUAUAUUUAAAAGUAUAGAAUUGAAACAUUAUCAAAGACAAACUUUUUUUCAACAAUUGGAAUUUAGAAAUAAACAACUUGUUAAUAUAUAUUAACAACGAUGGGGGAAAAAUAGCAUUUGAUACAUAGA